AGCCGCCCGCGCUGCCCCCGCCCCUCGGCUCGGCGCCGCCCCUGCUGCGGCGGGCGAGGGGCGGGCCGGGGCGCGGCGUAUAUAAGGCGAGGGGCGGGCGCCGCUCUUUUGUCUCGGCUGCUGCGGCGCGAGUGGGAGCGGCGGACGGCGCUGGAGGGAACCCCACGGGCUUUGCAGAAAAUGGCAGACAAACCGGACAUGGGGGAGAUCGCCAGCUUCGACAAGGCCAAGCUGAAGAAGACGGAGACGCAGGAGAAGAACACCCUGCCGACCAAAGAGACCAUCGAGCAGGAGAAGCGGAGUGAGAUUUCCUAAGGCGCCCGCCCCGCCCCCGGCCCCCGCGAGGACCCCCCAGCCGUGCUGCGGAGGAAGAGCCACCUGCGAGAUGGACGCGAGCGACACGCUGCACUGUGAACCCGGGCGCUCCGCGCGCGCGCCCCCGGCCCGGGGGGCUCCGAGGGACCCCGCCCCGCCCCCCGCCCCCGCCUCCCCCUCGGGACUGCCAAAUUCUCCGGUCCGCCCUGGGAUGGUCUAGACAAUGAUUUGUAUGGUUCGUGAGAAUAAAACACACCUCGUGGCUCGGC